AUAGGACACUUGCUUUGCAACUAUUAAGCAUUGCAACUUAAUGAAGUAGUUCACGACAAUUUCUAAAACUUCAGUUAUACCUGAAACAUCGAUAUUCACCCCAUUUUCUAUGACUCAACAGAUAAUAGAAAAUCGUACUACAGGUCCAAUACCUGUUUGUUUACGACAGACGACGCUGGCUGUAAGCAGCAACCUGCAUGUGCAAUGUGCACUUCAUUCAAAUUACGGAGGAUUUGCUUGGUAAAGAGAAGUUCGAGCAGCCCGAGCAAAUGGUAGUUAUGUGUGUUUGUGAGAGGAAAAUGGCUUGCUCCAAGAAAAGAAAAGUUAACAGUGAAAAUCAUUCCUUUAAAGACGAAUGGACAGAUAACUAUGCCUUCAUUCUCCCUGCAAAAAGUUCAAAACCAGUCUGCUUGAUAUGCAGUGAAUCCAUUGCUGUUGUGAAAAGUGGCAAUGUGAAAUGCCACUAUGAAAUGAAACACAGCAACUUUGAAAAGAAUUAUCCCCAGAACACUGAGACACACUCAAGAAAAGUAAAUCAGCUCAAAUUACAGUACAAGAGGUCUACUAAUGUUCUCACUAAUUCCAUGACUCUCCAAGAAAGAGCAGUUGAAUGUUCAUUGAAGAAGCUUGGAUUUUAGGAAGACACAAAAAAAAACAUUUUCUGAUACAGAGACGACCAAAGAAUGUAUGUUGGAGGUUACUGAAACACUGUUUGAGGGUAAACAAAAGGAUGACAUCAAAGAUGAAAUUAAGCAAAUCCCACUGUCAGAUUCCACAGCAAUGAGAAGGACUGCAAUAUUAGCUUAAGAUUUGACGUCACAACUUGAUAAUGCAAUGCAAAAUGCAUCAUGUAUUUCUCUGGCUGUAGAUGAGUCAAUAGAUGCAACUGAUAGUGCUCAGCUUCUUGUCUUUGUCAGAUUUUAUGAUAUUGCACAGAAGGGAUUCUGUGAGGAUCUGCUUGGUGUGGCAAGCCUGGAAGCCCAAACACAUGGAGAAGAUAUCUAUGAGGCUAUGAAAAGGGCGCUCCAUCAAUGAUUGGAAGAGAAAGGGGACUAGUUGGACGGCUGAAAGAGGAUCAUCCUGACUUGAUAUCAUACCACUGCAUAAUUCACUAGUCCAUCCUCUGUGCUAGUUUUAGAGGGGACUAUGCUGUGAUCGUGGAAAAGAUUAUGAAGUUAGCCAACUUCUUGAGAGCAUCAUCAUCACUACAGCAUCAGCUACUGCGUAACUUUUUAAGUGAGGUUAGUGCCAGCUAUGAUGAUCUACUCCUGCACAACUAUGUACGGUGGCUUAGUAAGGGCAAGAUUUUGGAAAGGUUUUGGAGUAUCAGAAAAGAAGUACAAGAAUUCCUUAGAAACCAACAAAGUGCCGCCAAAGCAAAUAAGUUUUUAGACUUUUUUGGAAGACGAAAAGAAGAUGGAAAAGACAGCAAUCUUAACAGACAUCACGUUUCAUCUCAAUGCUCUCAAUGUCAAACUACAAGGAAAAAACAAGACAGUGUGUGAUCUUAUUUCAUCUGUUCAAGCUUUCCAGAAGAAGCUGGAAUUUUUAAAAAAAGACUUGCAGGGAGAACUUCACUUUCCCAGACUUUUGGAGCAUACCAAUGGAGAGAAAGGUCACAAUUAUACUGAAUUUAUUGUUAAACUGAUUGGCAACUUCAAAGAUAGUUUUGGUGAUUUUUCACUAGGAAGUCUGCUGUUGCUUUUUAUUCAGAACCCCUUCAUGAUUUCAAAUAUAACCUUGUUUUCACACGAAGCAAAACAGGCGUUCAAAUGGGUAAAUGCUGCAUCAGUUCAAAUGGAACUAAUUGAUCUGCAUGAAAAUAUGAUCCUAAAAGAGGAGAGUGCUCAUUGUGAUCCUGUCACAUUCUGGACAUAGAAGGUAUCACAUGAUUCUUUUCCUAGUCUGCAUAAAGUUGCAGUGCAUGUUCUGACAAUGUUUGGAUCUACUUACAGUUGUGAAUCUGCUUUUUCUACAAUUUAUUUAGUGAAAACCAAAUACCACUCUAGAAUGACCAAUGAACACUUUCACCAAUGUCUGAGAUUGGCUGUCACAUCCUUUGUUCCCAAGUUCAAGGACAUUGCAAAGAACAAGAAAUGUAACUUUUCACAUUAAUGAGCAUUUGCAAAAUUCAAUCAUUCUGUGACAAAUGUACAUGAGUAAUGUUUAUGAACUUUAUGCUUUCAGUUAGUGCAGUAUCGGCAUUAUAAUGAGUUGAAAAGAUAUUUUCUUUGGAUUUCUCUUUGGCAAUUAGAAAGGAUUUUUUUGCAAACAUAGUAAUAGUACUAUUAUUAUUAUUGUAGAAUUGAUUUUUUUUCCGAAGUUGGAAUUAUGAAUAACUUUGAAGUUUAAAGUUGUGUACUUGUAACUUGAAAUAAAAUGUUC